CGCAUUAAGCUUAUACCCCCUUUCAUUUUUCGCUAACACUCACUUUAAUCUUGUCAUUUCAGAUUUUCUGUUUAUUCAGGGUUUUCAAAAUUAAGCCAAGACCAGAGGUCUGUAUGGUUGUUCACCAGAUCCCAGGGUUGGGGGGUGGAGUCGGACUGUCCCACCUACCCCAGGCCCCCGAGGAGGACAAGGAGGCCGGGGAGGAGGUGGGGGAGGAGAAGAAGGAUGUUAUUAUCGAGGUUCUCGGAGAUAUUGGCAGGUACCAGCUGCUGGUUGGAUUACUGUUUGCUCUGCUUGAGAUACCACAUGGCUGGUGUAUGCUUUUGCAUAAAUUCAUCUCACCGAAGACAAAUAAAAAGUUGACGAACAAGAAAUACAGAGAAUUGUUCUCAAAUUACAUUCUUCAAGGUCCUGUAUUUUACUCUUCAUUUUUCAAUCUGUUGCACAGCCAUAGGGGCUUGUUUUGUCUCCCGAGUUUUCUUCGACCUUCAUAAUACCUUUUUGAGAGAAAAGUUUUGAUAAAAGUGAAUUUUUUCCGCUACUAAAUUUUUUUAUGGAAAUUUCCCUAAGGGUUGGCAUUGCUUUAAGAUUUAAAAAAAAGAGUCUGAAUAAUUAUUUUCAGAAAUCUUUAACCAAAAACUGUCUACUCAUUUCUAUUGAAGAUUAAAAAUUUGGCAUAUAUUUAUCCGAUAAACAUGUUUUUUUUUUGCAACAAAAACUUAAUUUUUGCAACCAGGAUAAAUAUUGAUAUUAUUCAGAUUUAAAAGGUUUUGGAUUCCCUAGAUUAAAGUUUUCACAAAAUCAAUAAGAGGAAAAUCAGGACAAAACAAAGUUUGGUUCUUUACCUAAGCUAAUCACCCAAUCAUCAGAAAAAGGUAAAAAAAAUGAAGAAAAAAAUCAAGAUGAUUUGCUUUUCACUAAAAAAGCAGCUGAAAUUUACCGUUCAAUAAAAAUACUAUUUUUGACUAUUUUUUAUAAAAUCUUUCCAUCUCUUAAAAUCAUAACACAAGAAUUGAAUUUUUCUCACCAGAAAUUCCGAUAAAAGAUCAUUUUUACUCCUGAAAGAGGUGAAGAGUGUUUAUGAUGAUAAUGCCCAUGAAAAAUGUUCUAAUGUGUAGUUAUAGUUACAUUGCAAAAGGAGCGGAAACAUUGUCAAUAUCACAUAAAUCUCACUAGAAGGGGAUAAUUUAUUUGGUGUACCGCCCCGUUUUGCCUUAUAAUCUUUACAUUAUACAAUACAACCUGCUCUAACGAUCCUAGUUUUAAAUAAAAUGGAGUUUACACUCAGUGCUAUUAUGAAUCAGGGCGAAAUGAAUCAUCAUGCAGAAUACAACCUUCAUAUAUUAUAUUCAAACCAGGCACGCCGCUAAGGGGGGGGGGCAUGGGGGCCAGGGCCCACCCCCUAGCCUAAUUAAGAGGGGCAUGCCCCCCCCUUGAGAAAGCUUCCCCCUACGAGGGGGGGCAAGAAGUCCUUAACAAGGGUCUAUGUAGUUCCAAAAAUAGCUAAUUUUUUCGAAAAUUAAAAAAAAAUAUUUAUUUAGUAAUUCAUUUUAAAACCUACACUCUGUAAGCAAACUCAAAUUCAAGUAUUAAAUUUUUCAAUAAAGCUUAGAUUCUUUUAAUUUCCCCCUUUCUUUAAAAAAUGCGUUCAAACUUGGAUUUUUAAAAUAACUCUCACACACAUUCUUAUUCAAAUUGUCCAUCCAGACUUGAAUUUGCCCCUUUUUUCAACAUUUGUAACCCUUGUUUUUUUUUAGAAUGCCACCAAAUAUUUUUACUUUGCACCUAAUUUUAAUUUUUAUCCCCAAAAGUUUUAUAAAUACAACAAACUUUCAAAUUUACAGCCCUAUCUAAAAAAUGCCCCUUAUUUUAGUUGGAUAAUGCUCAAAAAAUUAAGAAGUUUUGCCUUAAACAACAAAAAGUAACCCUUGGCUAAAGAAAAGGGCCCCAUUAUAUAUUUAAAAAAUGCCCUUAAGUAAAAAAAAUGGACCCCAAAAUAAAGAUUUAAGAUUUCCUAUACACAAAAUUGACCAAACUAUAAAAGCCCCCAAAAAUAAAAUUUUCCUUAACAAUAAAAAUUUGCCCCUGAAAUAUAGUUUAAUAUUUUUCCCACAUAAUUUUGCCCGAAAAUGAAUGAAUGCCCCCAAAUAUAAAAAUUUUUACAAAAAUAUCCUGAAUUGGUAUGGUAGUUUUUUCAUGGUUGAGAAAAAUACACAUUUU